AACAUAAAUUCAUCAUCCAAGGAGCGACUCAUCUAAUUCAUUAAAUAUUUCCAGAUCAAUGAGGAAGAGAUUGGAUAUAUGGGAUCAUAAUUACGGACUAUGAACAUCUCCUAAUCCAAACCGUAGCCAUAUGCCACCACUGAUCAUCAAGGAUUAAAGGAUUAAAGGAUGAGAAGAUACGUUUUAUCAUAGCUGUGUUGUUUGUGAUUGCCGUGCAAAGCUGAAGAAAAGGAUGAAUACCUCGCAGUAAGCAUCUGGAAUGUACGUAGCAGUAUUCAAAUUAAAGUGUGAAAAUGUUGGGGAAAAAUUGAACAAUUUAUUUAUUUGAUGGAUCAUCUCCCAUGUUUAUUCUACAGAAUCACUGAUCAGCAUUUUGCUAUUUCAGAAAGGUAAAAAAACCUAAGCAUAUAAUUCUGUUUGAAAGCAGAAUAUUUUCUUGAUUGAUCAAUGCAGACUGAUGUAUGCAUGGUAGAUGGAGAUGUCAUUAACUUCUUGUCUCUGUCAUUCCUUGUUAAAGCAAAACAAAAGUCAUGCUACUUUCUCUGAUGGUUUGAAGUCUGAAGCAUUAGAAUCAUUUCUACUGAUCAAAGAAUUAGACUUUUUCAACAAAACUGACACAUUGUUUGAGACAAGAAUUUGGAGUCUUCAUAGUAGAAGAAAGAACAUAGGAGUGUUGUCAAGGACUCUCUCUUUUUAAAUUUGUAUGUGAUGAUGGAUGGAGAAGUUGGCACUUAGGUUAGGGUCCGUGUGAAAUUGAGCGUCAAAUAUUCAACCGCUGACAUCAAUAUACAAAAGGUCAUGCAAUUUUUUGCUUUUAUUAGAUGUCUCUGAACGCAUCCAUGCUUGCACAUUUUGUGAGUUUAAUAAAGCCCUAAUGACUAUGUCCGUGGAAAUCAGCAAUAUUGAGGGAAAUAUUGCAUCUGAUGGCAACAUCUGUUAAGAGUAGACCAUGAGAAUGCUGGGCAAGUUUAUGAGCGAUCACGGUUAAUGGAAGCUCCGAUGAAAAGAUCUGCCAUGUCUAGGAAUGGGUGGUGAUAUGUUGCUAAUGAGUUUGUGUGGCCGGCCACCUCCCACAUGGAAGAGGAUGCUGAAAGUGUCUCGUCUGGCAGCCCUCUGGAGUGAACAUUAGUGCCAAACCUGAGAGACAUAUCUUCCUGUUUUAUCACUUCUCCGCAUGUGUAUCGCUUGUGAGGAUAAUAUUAUGUGGAAGGAAUUUUGAUGGAAUUAGCAGUGGAUCAAUUUGGAGGAUUUGAUUUCGAAUACUUGAAUACAAGUCAGUGAAAUUUCAUUUAGAUUUGAUGUGGAUGUGUGUAUCCUAAUUGCAGUGAUAUCUUUAGCGAGACUUGUGGAAAAAAAAUUAUGUGAGAUUUUUUUAAUGUGACAAUUCUUUCUGGGAAACCAGCAUUGAUUAUACAAACUGAUUUUGAGGAAAACUAUCUAAUAUUUUCAGUGGAUCACAGUUUAUUCAACCCGAUGCUUUCAACAAACUCUCAUUGAUCAACCACCCCUCAUCCAUUGAUGUUUAAACUACGAUCUUCAUCGUUCCGUCGUAAGAAUCCCACCAUGAAGCAGGAGUACUAUCAGAUGGGCCAGGUCCACGGCGACGUCAUCAGCUUCGGUUCCCUCGAUGACUUCUUCAGAGAGCGGGGCAACACCAUAGACCACGGGGGAUGGUCGCUACGCCAUCUGAGGGAUAAGUUUCGUCAGAUGGACGUGGAGUCCCUGUAUACCAAGUAUUGUGCCCAGCUGAGGAAGUGGCUCUUGUCGAUGCUGUGCCUGCUGGCGAUGGCCCAAGUGGGAGCCCUCAUAGGACUCUUCCUCUUCUACGCUGAGCACUUUGAUCAGGUGUUGGGACGAGCGGCCUCUCUGAUUGGGGCAACCUUCCUCCUGACCUGUCUCCUAGCCUUAUCCUGUCUGGAGUUCAUCGUACCUCGCUUCUCUUCCCCCCUGGCCCUCUUCCUCUGGCUCAUCCUCCUCAUCUCCACCUACACCAUCCAAAUCAUGCGCCCCGCCCAUGUACCUACCGAUGGGGUGGGGCUGGUUCUCUUUACCACCCUCGCGGUGCACACCAUGUUACCGGUCUCUCAUAUCGUUGCGGUGGUGAUCGGCGCCCUCACUUGUCUCCCUCAUGUCAUUCUUUCGGCGAUUCUUGGCAGCCAUGAUGAACCCAUUGAUAAAUUAUUAAAGAUCCUAAGUAACAUAGUGAUGUUUGUCUGUGUGAACUUCAUCGGUGUGUGUCACAAGCAUCUCCUGGACGUGGCCCAACGCAGGACUUUCCUGGACACAAGGAGCUGUAUAGAGUCCAGGAUAAAACUAGAGCAUGAACAAGCACAACAGGAGAGGCUAUUACUAUCAGUGCUACCUGCACAUCUUGCGUAUGAGAUGAAGACGGAGAUGAUGGCGAGGGUACGAGACCCCACCAUGAGCCCCAUCUCACAUCGCCCUAGCAGCAGCACGCACUUCCACAGUCUAUACGUCAAGAGGCAUAAAAAUGUCAGCAUACUCUAUGCAGACAUUGUCGGAUUUACUGCUCUAGCUAGUGAAUGUUCUCCUCCAGAACUCGUCAAAACUUUAAAUGAACUCUUCGGAAGAUUUGAUCAACUUGCAGAGGAAUUUGACUGCAUGCGGAUCAAGAUUUUAGGUGACUGUUACUACUGUGUAUCAGGCCUCCCUAUAUCCAGGCCCACUCAUGCUAUCAACUGUGUGGAGAUGGGAUUAGCUAUGUGUGAAGCAAUCAAGACUGUUCGUGAUGCUACGAGUGUUGAUGUAAACAUGAGGGUCGGCGUUCACACAGGGAAUGUUCUCUGCGGAGUGCUUGGUCUCAGGAAAUGGCAGUAUGAUGUAUGGUCACAUGACGUCACUUUAGCCAAUCACAUGGAGAGCUGUGGUGUGCCUGGGCGUGUUCACAUAACCCAAGCAACAUUAGACAAUCUUGGUUUGAAGUAUGAGGUAGAGCCUGGGAGAGGUCAUGAAAGGAGUGAAUACCUCAGAGAUAUGAACAUCGAAACAUUCUUUAUUGUUAAUCCAAAGUCAUCAGCAAACACAGUGGAGGAGACACAAGCCACGACCCUGGAGAUAAAACCUAGGGGUAAAACAUCACGUCGGAUGGCCCAGUUCCUAGAAUCCUGGUCCGGGGCUGAUAAACCAUUUCAACAGAUUGCUACCAUGCCUGUCCCAAAGUCUGUUGGUCUAACGGGUAUCUAUGCCAUGAAUGCUUGCCUUGUUCCUUUCACACUUAUGGAUCAUAAUACAAGAAUCCAUCGUCAAUCAAUCAUUUUUGAUAAAAGAGUCAAUGAGAGAAUGGUUGAAGCCAUAGAAGCAAUUAACUCCAGGAAACCCUGGUCUAGAUCAGAAGACAUACAUAGAGGGACUAUGUUCUUUCGAGAGUCACAUUAUGAAAAAAAGUUCAUGCUCCUCCAUGAUGCCUCAUUCAAGUACUACAUGCUGUGUGUCUUCAUCGUUUUUGCCUGUCUUGUCAUCUCACAACUACUUACACAGCCAAAGCGCCCUCUAAUGUUCGCCGUAUUCAGUACAACCUGUCUAAUACUCCUCUUUCUUAUACUCAUUGCGAUGGCACAGUAUAUGAAGUGUCACGCUAAGCUUUCUAUGAUGUGGCUGGAGAGACUGGUUCAAGCCAGAUGGUGGCUUCGGAGGUUGAUGGCUGGUAUUGCCAUGGUAACGCUCCUCCUCAUCUCUGUCAUCAACUUGGUAGAGUGUAAGACUGUCCGAGAGUGUUCAGCCAAUCAGACGGGGUCUUACAAACCUCAUACUGUCUACCAGACGAUGACGUCGACGACAAACCUUGUAAACCUAUCGUCGUCACCACCUGGCAAUAGUUCAAGUAUAGGUUCAGAUGAUAAACCUAUAUGCAGUUUACCUGCGAUAUACCCCUUGUGUAGCAUGCUAGCACUGCAGACCUGUUUACUGUUCCUUCAAGUCGGUGUUAGUGUUAAAGCCUUUAUCAUGAUACUGGGUCUGGUGGCAAACGCAAUAGUCUUACACUACACUCAUCGUUCCGUGUUUGACUGUGCUGAUAUGGAUUUGUUGUAUAGAGAAGAGUUUCAUCAUUAUAUACCAACAAGGAUUUUAAUGACGGUCCAGCUAGUCCUACUGGUUGUCAUGCUGGUACUCAUUGAUAGAAGAAUAGAGUACACAGCUCGUCUAGGCUUCCUGUGGCAGAUGAAGUAUCGGGUCGAGAGGGAGGAAGUAGAAACGAUGGAAUCUCUCAAUAAGGUCCUAUUAGAGAACAUGUUACCCAGUCAUGUGGCACAGCACUUUGUCAAGCAGAGAAUGAAGAGUGAUUACCUAGGUGACCCUACACAAGAUUUGUCACUUUGGCAGACAGGUUUACUUGGCAGCAGUGGUGAUGAGCUCUACCACCAGUCAUAUAACCUGAUAGCAGUGAUGUUUGCCUCUAUUCCAAACUUCAAGGAGUUUUACACUGAGACAGACGUUAACAACGAGGGCCUAGAGUGUCUAAGACUACUCAACGAGAUAAUCGCAGACUUCGAUGAGCUUCUGUCCAAGCCAAAGUACAGCUGCGUAGAGAAGAUCAAGACCAUUGGUAGUACAUACAUGUCUGCAGCUGGCCUGAAGCAACCAGAGUCAGGAGUCAGUACCAAGCAGUCUCUCUACUAUGUAGGCGUCCUUACUGAGUUUGCUAUGGCUCUACAGGAUAAACUGGAGCAGUUGAACAAACAGGCAUUCAAUGACUUCAAGCUCAGGAUAGGUAUCAACCAUGGCCCUGUUGUAGCAGGAGUGAUUGGAGCUAGGAAACCACAGUAUGAUAUCUGGGGAAACACUGUCAAUGUAGCCAGUAGAAUGGAUACUACAGGAAUGAUUGGUGAAAUACAGGUUACUGAAGAGACAGCCAAUGUACUGAUGGAGCUUGGUUUUACCUGUGAGACUCGAGGCAUCAUCUCAGUCAAAGGCAAGGGCAAACUGAAGACGUAUAUAGUACGAAGGAUGAGUCGCUCCAUCUCACAAUCAACCAAUCUCAGUUCCGCUCUCUCAUGAUGAUGGGUCCUGUUGCUUAGCAACAGUAUCUCUAUGCUUUGAUCAUGCGACAAGUUAUAAUACCACAUUUAUAUAGAUAGUGAAACAAUGUUCUUUGGUUGGAGGACUCUUGAUGGUUGCCUAGCAACAGCAUCUUCUUCGUGAUGAACAAUGUGAUGCUAGCAUACAUGUGUAGUUUGAGUAUGCAUACAUUAAUCUUCAAACAAAGAUCUCUUAGCAAAACUCACAUGACCAUCUCUCUUUGGAUAUGUGCUAGCUUGUCUUUACAAUUGUUUUCAGGGCAGAAUUUGUUUUAAUACAGUUAUUUACUUGCAUUCAUAAGAGAAAGCUUUGCUUCUCGAUAUGGAUCGAGUUGUUUAGUAUAUACUUAGGACAUCCUAUUAAUGCUUGCCAGUUGCAAUGAAUUAGGUACUUCUCUGAACAGGAAGCCAGAUAAAGAUGGUGAUAAUAUUCCAUCAAAUAUUGUUAACUGAUGUUUGAUUUUUAGUUUUAAUGUAAAAUCUUUGUUGCAUUGAGAACAGAUUAAAGAUCACUAUCUUUAUACACUGUAUGAUCAUACUUUAUGUCUUUCAUUGUGUUCGGUUAAAAAAUAAUCUUGACGUUAAUAAAAAUUAAAUGAAACACUGAGAGAAAAUAAAAAGAUAUAAUUCUGAAUCAGUAGCCAUGUCCUAAGUCCUCACAUUUUGUUGUUGUUGUCGUUAGGAACAAACUUUAAAAUGAACAGCACAUCUGUGUAUAGUCCCAGCAACAUCCUCAUUAGAAAUUUGUUUGAAACAUUUUAAGGCUGUAUUUGAAUGUCUUUCUUUCAGUUGGGAUGUUUUGGAAUGCCGGGAGAAAAUUAGGUUCAAGUAUUUGGCUGUAUUAUGAGAGAUAAGCUGUACUUAAUCUUCCUUUAUUUCUUCCUUUCUAUUUCUGACCUUAAAUUUGUAAUCACAUCCAAUGGCAAGAUAUAUGAUACACUUGGAAGUUUUUAAAUAUAAUGUGAUUUUUGCGUAAAAAUGUGAUUUUCUUAGGACCAUCAACAGACUAUGAGGGUGGUAUUCUUGAAAGCGGACUAACUUUAGUCCA